CUCCAAAGGAAUUUGAGAGGGAUUUGUGUGUGUGUGUGUGUUUUUUUAUUUCACUCGAAAGAUCAAUGGAGUCAAAGGACUUUCUGAGUGCGAUCUGUUGCUUUAAGUGUUUGGAUGUGGACAAAACGCAGGAAAAGGAACUUCUGAUCAGCAAUGCCAGAAGACGAUCUUACAGCAGCCAGCUGGAAAGCCCCAGGAACGACGAAAGGAACCUGUGGAGCACGCCCCAUGACUCCUCUCACAUCGUGGCCGAUGACGACCGGGAACUGUACAGCCUGAUCCUGAAAAGAAACGAGACUGACAAAGACUCUGAGGAGUGGCAGAAGCUUAACUACGACAUACACACUUUGAGACAGACUCGGAGAGAACUGAGAAACCGUUGGAAAAGGAUCUUAGAAGAACUGGGUUUUCAAAAUGAAGCAGACACCCUGCUGUGUGUGUCCAAGUCUAGUACAAUGCACACUCAGAACUUGCCAAGAUCCCAAGAAAUGUUACAGAAAUUAGCAAGAGAAACUAACAUCUUCCUGAACGGACGUCAGGUGCCAGAGAGAUAUCUUUACGUGCUGGACCGACUCAUCUCCCUGGACGCAGCAGAAGACUUCUUUGCGAAGGCUAGAAGGAGAUAUUCCAGAAACAUCGAGUACCAUUCGAUGGGCGAAGUCGAUUGAGGUUUCUGACUGUGGGCCGCACUGAGCAGCCAGGGAAGCAGACUACGGAGCUGGUCAUUGCAUAAUAUAUAUUGAGCUUGGACACACGGAUCCACAGGCGCCCACAAAACACACAGUCUGGUUCAGAUGGAUGUCACUACAUUCAGCAGUAGGUCAUAGCAUCAUAGAAUUACAUCACAGAAGGAGGCCAUUUGGCACAUCGUGCCUGCGCUGGCUCUUUGAAA